UUACUAACACUCAACCUGCAAAGGAUAAACGCAAUUAUACCCCUGUGGAUGCCUACGGCGUGCGACGAGGCCCACUGUUUCAAGACAACGAGCCCUCUCCUGCCUCCUUUCUAGGCCGGGACAAAGUCUGUACUGCAUGCAUAUAACCGAUUAGACAACACUCAGCCUUAGGUGGUUCAUACUAACAGCAGAAGUUUCCCGUCGGUACAAUGCGGAGGCUCUGCCCUUCGUGUGCGCUAGCAGCGGGCGCGUGCUUACUGGCUCUCUUGCAACACACCGCCCUCGCGGGUGGCGCGCAAGCGAACCUGACGGGGAUAUCAACAGCUGCUCUGGGCGCGGAGGCGGCUGCGGACGCUUUUUUGACGAAUAGGCAGCUGGUGGGCCAGGGGCAAGAGGGCGCCGCCACGAUAGCCGCGGACCAGCUGACCGCGGGCGAGUCCUGCAGGCUGAGCGGACACGUAGACGAGUGCUGCAACUGCACUUACCAGAAUGUGGACCGGCUGAAUGUGGCGCUGCACCCGCUGCUGCAGCAGGUGGUGCGGACGGCGUUCUUCCGCUACUUCAAGGUGAACAUCUACUGCGACUGCCCGCUGUGGCCGGAUGACUCGAUGUGCGCGCUGCGGGCGUGCAGUGUGUGCGAGUGCGAGCAGAGCGAGGUGCCACCCACAUGGCGCCGGCUGGAGCAGGGCGGGCAGGGCGAGGAGGAGGAGGGCAGCUGCAACUCCAACACUUGUGCCGCUGAGCUGGACGGCAAGGUGAACAGCACCGUGGACCCGGACACCGCACUCAAGCUGCUGAACCUCAAGGGCUGGCGCGGCUUCAACAACCCCUGGAUGGCCGAGGGCGAGGGCGAUGAGGAGUACCUGUAUGUCAACCUGCUCAUCAACCCGGAGCGAUACACAGGCUACGCCGGCGAGCACGCGCACCGCAUCUGGCGCGCCAUCUACAGCCAGAGCUGCUUCCACAGCAGCAGCAGUGACAGUGGCAGCAGUAGCGAGGACAGCAGUAGCAGCAGCAGCGGCUCCGGGGGGCCGCCGGCGCUGAGCCCGGCCAGCCUGCCUCCGGAUUGGUGCCCUGAGAAGCGCGUGUUCUACCGCCUCAUCAGCGGCAUGCACGCCUCCAUCAGCGCCCACAUCUCCGCCAACUACCUGCUCAGCGAGGAGCGAGGGCUGUGGGGACACAACCUCACAGACUUCAGGAUGCGUCUGGGCCGGCCCGAGCUGCGCGAUCGCAUCCAGAAUCUGUACUUCGCCUAUCUGUUCGUGCUGCGCGCCGUGACCAAGGCGGCGCCGCUGCUGGCGCGAUACGACUACGUGACGGGCUUUGGCGCGGAGGAGGACGCCGCCACCGCGCAGCUCAUGAAGAGCCUGCUGACUUCGCCCGAGCUGGCGAGCUCCUGCCCCAUGCCCUUCGACGAGGGCCGGCUGUGGAAGGGCGGCGACGGCCUCGCGCUGCGCGAGGAGCUGCGAGCCGCCUUCGUCAACAUCACCCGCAUCAUGGACUGCGUGGGCUGCGAGAAGUGCAAGCUGUGGGGCAAGCUGCAAACGCUGGGCGUGGCCACUGCGCUCAAGGUGUUGUUCAGCAGCAGCGACUGCAAUAACACACUGCCCACCAGCCCGGCGUUGUCCACAUUAGCGUUGGAGCGCAACGAGGUGAUCGCGCUGGUCAACCUGCUGGAGCGAUUCAGCGCCAGCAUAGAGUACUACAGGCAACUAUCGGCAGAGCUGCAGGUAGCGGAGGGCGCGGAGGGCGCACCGCUGCCAGUGGCUGUGGGCGAGCCCGUCGCGUGAGCGGCAGCGUAGCAGCGAGGGAGCGGCGUGAGCAUGAGAGGUGUGUGUCCCUGUGGUGCAUGUGUGGUUGUGAGGGCACGGGUGCGCAUUGGCCUGCUGCUGCGGUCAGGGUAGGCUGGCGUUAGGAGCAAGGACCAUGAAUGAGGGUGCAUUAUUAUACGCGGCCGUGCGUGCGUGACCCUAGCUUGACAGACAGAGAGACUGGCAUUGAUUAAGAGCCUGGAGGGGAACAAUCUUGCGAAAUGCGAGCGUUGUGGCGGUAUGGGAGGAAGGCAGGGUAGGCCGGCGGAACACGGCGUAGUGCAAGAGAAGGCAAGGCGCGUCAGGCAAACCCAACUUUGAGGAGCUUUGACCAUGUAAGGUGGCAGACGGAAC